AGCGUUUCAGCUUUGUAGAGUGAAUAUAUCAGUCGUUGAAUUCAGCUUAUCAGAGGACAGACUUUGAAUCCACAGCUGAGAAUACAUCUAACUAUAAAACAGCAAAGAGUACAGGAUCAUUUAUAAAGAAAUCAAGAUGAAGCUUAGAAAUCCUUGCGGUUACUCAACGUUUCUUUUUCUUCUCAUCCUUGGACAAUAUCACUGCCUCGCUCACUUUGAACAUCGCCAACCGUUGGAUCUUAACAUACAGCACCGCACGGUUACAAACAACCCGAACAACACGACUUCUACUCCUGCUUGUAGGCUUGCACAGAAAGGACGCUCCAAGCUGUACAUUUCUAACUUUUUAAACMUCAGUUUCUCACAGAUCGAUGUUCUUCUGAAGAAUUGUACACAGCCGGCAUUUACAAAAUAUCAAAAAGAUUUAAUUUGUCUGCUGAAAAAAUUCGGUGUAAAAGCAGACCGAAUCAAAAGYAUUCUAGGUGUGGUGUUUAAAGUGAAAGCUGUUCGAGCGGAAAUGAAAGCUUGUCCUCCUAUCAAGUCAAUUUUCGUYGGCUUUUAGCCCACAAUUUUCAGUUUAUGAUUUGAAUAAAAGUUCAGUAAAGCAAUUCGUGUUAGCGAUGAAAUAACUUUGAAUGAUCAAUAAAGUAUUCUGAUAUCUCUA